AUGACUGCAACUACAACCACAACCGAACUCCCUGCCGCUGUGGAAACACAUGUAGCCUCCGUUCCCAUCACUACCCAACUAGAUCUUGCCCCUCCUCUCCUCCCUGUUGAGCAAGUUGGCCCCAAAGGAUGGGUCCGCGUCAUAUUUCACUUCGAGCUCUCAGAAGACUACGACAUAGACCACCUCACCCACCUCCUGCAGACGUCCUACAAAGCAAUGAAAGCCCGUGUUCCUAUCGCCGGUUGCGAGGCGGUUCCCUUACAGGACUCCAAACAGGCCGGGCUCUUUCGACUCCGAUACUACGGCGAUGAGAUUGAAGACUUCCUUGCCAAGGACCUUCGUGGGGACGCCAACUUCCCUUCAUUUUCCGAGCUAAAAGCCCGCGGCUUUCCCGCCUCGGCACUUGAUCCUGCCAUUCUCUGUCGGCGUGGACUCGGCGGAGAGUGGCCCCAGGCCGGGGAUCGGAUGAACGUGACAUGGCUGCAGGCCACCUUCAUCCGGGGCGGUUUAUUGCUGAACCUGAUGUAUAUGCAUGCGUAUGCCGACGGCACAACGGCGUACAAGUUCACGGAGCUGCUCGCUGAAGAAGUGCGGCGUGCGCAGGGUAUCCCCAUCCCCGAGCCUGCCGAGAUCCCCGUGGAAGACAGAGCGAAGUUGCUGAAGUCUACGGGGCUCAGAGCCGGUCGGCCUGAAGACCAUGCAGAAUACGUCGAACUUCCCUUCACACCUGAGGGAGUUCCACCAAAGCUCGCAGAACCGAACCACCACGGCCACAUCUUUUACUUCUCCCCAGAGUCCCUCGCCGCCCUAAAGAAAGAUGCAUCUCCCUCGAACGCCAAACUCUUCAAGACCAAGGAGGGUGCCCUUCCGCCCUACAUUACUACCAACGACGCCAUUUCGGCGCUCCUCUGGCGUGCGACAAUGUCAGCCCAGCAAGGCCCCAAGUUCCGCUCCGCAACCGAGGACUCGACGCCGUCGCCGUCUAUCGUUGGUAUUGCCCUCGAUGCGCGCCGCCGUGCAGGCGUGCCGGUACACAAGCACACUCUCGGCAACAUUCUCGGCUUCGCGCCCGCAAUUCUUGAUAUUCGUGAAGUCAUUGCAGAAGACAGCGAGGUAUCCCUCGCAGACUUGGCUAUUGCUGUCCGCCAAGCUGUGGCCAAGACUGAAGGUGCCUACCUCGACAGUGUGACGGCGCUGGUGGAGCGACUUCAGGAUGUGAGGAGGCUUACAGCAACAAUGUUCCUGGACACGCCUGGAAACUACAUGAACCAAUCCUCGUGGCGCGAUUUUCCCUUCUACGACAUUCAAUGGGGUCCUGCUUUUGGCGGGAAGAUGCUAGCUCUUCGUCCGCCUUCCGUGGGGGUGUGCCAUACGAUGCAGAUUGUGCUGCCGGAUCCACAGAGGGGAGGAGUCGAGGUUUAUAUGGGCGUCUUGGAUGAAGCUAUGGAGGCAUUGUUGAAGGAUCCGGUUUUGAGAAAGUAUGCUCAAGCGCCCGAGGGACUAUGA